CAAAAUAAACAGCAUAUAAACUUUUUUAAAAUAGAAACAAAAAAAGCUUGAUCAUAAACAUAUAAGUACUUAUAUAGAUAUUUUUUAUAAUAUAAAAGUGGCAAAACGGAAAAUAAUGGUAUAAAAUUAGGUCAACUAAGGGAUUUCCAUGAGAAAUGUGAACUAGAAAAAUUACAAGGUAAGAGGUGCUAGUUUCCAGUUGGCGAAAAUUGAAUGCCUCUUUCUCUCAAUAGCUUAACCAUUAAAAGUUCGUUCGGGUAGUUGUAUCCUCCCCCACACUUCUCUCACACACCCUUUAUAAAAACUCCUUUUCCUUCUUCUCCAUUUUCUCAACCCCAUUACCCACUUUUCUAAUUUCCAUUCUCUCUCUCUCUGAUCCAGCCCUAAUUAUCUCAUCUGGGUACUCCUUAUAAGCCGCUUAAAACUUAUUUUCUACACAAUUCCCCAUCUGGGUAUUCUUUGUUGUUACACACUUUAUUUGUUGGUCCCAGAACCAAAAAAAACAAAUCAGUGUAUAUAGUUAUGGCAGAGGAAACUAGACAAGACCCAACAAACACGGUUCGAGUUGUUCAAACCAGUAGUAGUAAUAGUACUGCUACUCCUAUUAUGGAUGAAAAUAAUGAAGGGAGGCCUAAAUUACCAAAUUUUUUAUUAUCUGUUCGUCUGAAAUACGUUAAGCUAGGAUACCAUUACCUAAUCACAAACGCCAUGUACAUCUUACUCAUACCACUCCUAGCAAUAUCCUCAGCACACGUGUCAACUCUCACGUACCAAGACUUGCUCCAGCUAUGGAAUCACCUCAAAUUCAACCUCGUUUUGGUGACCCUAUGUUCGAGCCUCAUAGUGUUUUUGGCCACUUUCUAUUUCAUGACUCGGCCCAGAAAGGUCUACUUGGUCAACUUCGCUUGUUACAAGCCUGAGGCGGAGAGAACAUGCACUAGGGAGAUUUUCAUGGAAAGGUCAGAGAGGAUUGGAUCCUUUGCUGCCGAGAACUUGGCUUUUCAGAAGAAGAUUUUGGAGAGGUCUGGUUUGGGACAGAAGACUUAUAUGCCUGAAGCUCUUCUGAGGGUCCCACCAAACCCUUCUAUGGAGGAAGCUAGGAAGGAAGCCGAAGCUGUGAUGUUUGGAGCCAUUGAUGAGCUUUUGGAGAAGACUGGUGUUAAGGCUAAGGAUAUUGGGAUUCUUGUUGUUAAUUGUAGCUUGUUCAAUCCUACUCCUUCUUUGUCAGCCAUGAUUGUCAAUCAUUACAAGCUUCGAGGAAAUAUUAUGAGUUAUAAUCUUGGUGGGAUGGGGUGUAGUGCUGGCCUUAUCUCCAUCGACCUUGCCAAACAGCUUCUCCAGGCACAUCCAAACUCAUAUGCACUAGUAGUAAGCAUGGAGAACAUAACCCUAAACUGGUACUUCGGCAAUGACCGUUCCAUGCUAGUGUCGAACUGCCUCUUCCGUAUGGGUGGCGCCGCCGUGCUCCUCUCAAACAGAUCGUCAGACCGGCGGCGUUCCAAAUACCAACUGAUCCACACAGUCCGCACACACAAAGGAGCAGACGACAAGUCGUACAGCUGCGUUUUCCAAAAGGAGGACGACACAAAAAGAAUUGGAGUUUCUCUGUCAAAAGACCUAAUGGCGGUGGCCGGAGAAGCCCUGAAGACGAACAUCACCACCCUCGGACCGCUAGUUCUCCCAAUGUCGGAACAGCUACUAUUUUUCAUGACCUUAGUGGGAAGAAAGAUCUUCAAAAUGAACAAAAUUAAACCUUACAUUCCGGAUUUCAAGCUGGCUUUCGAACACUUUUGUAUCCAUGCUGGUGGAAGAGCUGUUCUGGACGAGUUGGAGAAGAAUCUUGAACUCAGUGAGUGGCACAUGGAACCAUCUCGGAUGACUCUUUAUAGGUUUGGUAACACUUCGAGUAGUUCUUUGUGGUAUGAAUUGGCUUAUUCUGAGGCCAAAGGAAGGAUUAGGAAAGGAGAUCGGACGUGGCAGAUUGCUUUUGGGUCUGGUUUUAAAUGUAACAGUGCUGUUUGGAAAGCUUUGAGGACCGUUGAUCCUCUCAAGGAGAAGAAUCCUUGGGUUGAUGAGAUUCAUCAGUUUCCUGUUGACGUUCCUAAAAUUGUUUCCAUUAAAUCUGGUAGUACUGCUUCUUCUUAAUUAGUUAAUUAAUAGUUUCAUAUAUUUACAUUGUUAUUAUUAUUACGAAUUAAUGUUAUAAUUAUAUUGUACCCAAUGAGAGAUAUAUAUCAAUAAUAUAUAGUUGCCCUGUUCAUUAAUAA